CAUGAGUUUCAAGUUCUUACAUGAUUGAUUUUUAAAAUAACCUACUUUCAUGUGUGGGGACAAUUAAGAAUUUAAAUCAGAGAUCCAAAUUAGUUAGAUUUCACAUAUUUUUCAAAGUCUUUAGGACUGUUUUAAGGACAGGCAGGAGGAUCUGGAAUAUUUUCAGGAGACAGAGGGGAAAGGAAAAUAGGUAGUCCUGUCCAAAAUAUUUUGUCUAUACAUGACCUCUGAGGAAGCAGCAUGAAGCUGCUCUGUUGAAAGGAAAGGAAGCUGAGGCAUUUGACCUCUCCUUCCAUGAGGGUAAGGAUCAUCUCUUAAAACAUUCCAGGACUUUGGCAAUCCAGUGAUUCAAUUGUGCCAUGGAACAGCGGGACUUUAAACAGCUGCUUGCUAACUUACUUCUUUGGGGAAAGGGUCAAACACAUUAAGAGGCUCCCAUGCUGUUCCCAAUAACUGAGUAGAAGGAAAUGGAUAUCAUUUUAGAUGGUAAAAGGCUUUUUUAAACAGUCUCUUUAAAAAUCCAACAAGAAUAUUUAUUUUGAUAUCAUGAGGUUGUUUAACAUAGAGAAGCAUAUCUCUGUGAAAUUCAGGUCCUUUGUAAACAAAACAGUGCAGUUUACCUUUCACCAGAUCUUUCCUGUGAUUUUUAUUUUGGCCUCACAAGUUAUACGUUUUUGUUUCCUCUAAGAGCUUAGUGCUCAUGUUUUCUCAAUAGGCUCAAAAUGCGCGUGCAUAUAAAAAAGAAUGCCUUAAGUAAACAAGGCUUGUCUUUUCUUAAGGCAGUUAGAUUUAAUGUACCAGAAUUAUAUACGUUCCUGGAUAUUAAUCAGGUACAAUGUGACAGAUAAUCUGUAAGAUUUUUUUUUCAGUCUAUGUCAGGAUAUCUAGUGCCUAUCUGUUACUCCAAAAAAUUCUUUUUCAAGUGAACUGAAGAAUAUUUAAAAUUAUGUCACUUAACUAUUUUUUCUGUAAAAACUACCUUGGAUAAAAGAGUGAUUGUUCUAAUAUUCUGUUAGGCAUUGCAUUUCUCAUGAUUUUUAUCUGUAUUCAUCAUCAAACUGAUAAAAAUUAUUUCUUUUGAAUAUGCAUCUUUUGUUUAUAUCAUUAAGUUGACAAGGUAGAAAAACCUUCAAUACAACUGAAUGUAGCUGAGUGAAGGAAAUCAGCUUACUUGUAAUUUAGAAUUAAUACAGGCUAAAUUAUAAGUUUCUCUUUGAAGUCACUAAUAUGGAGGUGGUUUUACACAUUACAGAACAUUAAAAUGUAUUAAUUUUAAUGGAAAUUUUUAGCUUUUUAAAAGACUUUUUUAUUAUAACUUAUGCCAUUUGCAUUUAAAGUUUUGAAAAUUCUAUCCUUGAAAUUUGAGCUAUAUCUGGGGUAGGCUAUGUUUACUAAUUAAAUUGAGUGAUUUCAAAUGUUCAUAGUAAGUCUGGAAGCAAUUAUAGUACUAGGGAGGUACAAAAAGACGACCUCCAAGUGUCUUCUGAAUAAUUGCAAGCUGUGAGUAUUGUCAGAUAAAACUUAGAGACUAACAAAUUUUGGAAAGACUUCUAGAAACUCUGAGACACUUUUUUUUUUUUUGGAUACACUUCAUAUUGCAUGCAAAAUUUUGAUCAACUGAAGUAGAUCAGAUGUUAGAUUCUCUUUCAUUGGAAGUAUUAGAACAGGUCUGGACUAUGGAUGCCCAGGGAGUUAAGAGAGAAGGAGACAGAGACAAAGCUUGUGUUCCUAAAAGCAGAAAGGGGGUUGAAAUAAAAGCCUUGGCAAAUGUAAUUCAUUUCCCAAACCAAUCGUAUGGAAUCAUCAGGACUUCAUAGAGCUUUUACAUGAAAUGGCCCCUUCCUCACGCUUCAUGGACAUAAAAGAUGCACUUUUCAGUCCAAAUUUUUGGCCAUAUUACCAAAUAAAGGACAAUUCCAUAUACGCAGAAUUCUAAUUUGGUAUAGGAAACUUCUUAAAUAUACUGCUAGGGUGAUUGGAUCCACAGGCACAGCUGUGAUCUAUAUUGUUUUAACAUCUAUCGGAGGAUUGCAUUUUACAAAUCUAACAAAUUUCUCUUACCAAUAGGUGGAUAGAAGCAUUUCAGGAAGGCACAAUAUUGUAGCGAUACUGGUUUCAUCCCUUCUGUGAUUCCAAAUGGGUGGAAUUUCAUCAGAAUGGAGUAAAUGCAGUACAAAAAUUUUAUAUAAAUGAACACUGCCAAGAUAAAUCCAGCCAAAAUCUUCAUCAGAUAUUAUGAAUUAUUUUGUUAGGUAUAAGGACAUUUUGGCAAUUAGAACAUGGCAACCAUAGAAGAAAUUGCACAUCAAAUUAUUGAACAACAGAUGGGAGAGAUUGUUACCGAGCAGCAAACUGGCCAGAAAAUCCAGAUCGUGACGGCACUUGAUCAUAAUACACAAGGCAAGCAGUUCAUUCUGACAAAUCACGAUGGCUCUACCCCAAGCAAAGUCAUUCUGGCCAGGCAAGAUUCUACUCCAGGGAAAGUUUUCCUCACUACUCCAGAUGCAGCAGGUGUUAAUCAGUUAUUUUUUACAACUCCUGAUCUGUCUGCACAACAUCUCCAGCUCUUAACAGAUAAUUCUUCCCCAGACCAAGGACCAAAUAAGGUUUUUGAUCUUUGCGUAGUAUGUGGAGACAAAGCAUCAGGGCGUCAUUAUGGAGCAGUAACCUGUGAAGGCUGCAAAGGAUUUUUUAAGAGAAGCAUCCGAAAAAAUUUAGUUUAUUCAUGUCGAGGAUCAAAGGACUGUAUUAUCAAUAAACACCAUCGAAACCGCUGUCAAUACUGCAGGUUACAGAGAUGUAUUGCGUUUGGAAUGAGACAAGACUCUGUUCAGUGUGAAAGAAAACCUAUUGAAGUAUCACGAGAAAAAUCUUCCAACUGUGCCGCUUCAACAGAAAAAAUCUACAUCCGAAAAGACCUUCGAAGUCCAUUAGCUGCAACUCCAACUUUUGUAACAGAUAGUGAAACUGCACGGUCAGCAGGACUGUUAGAUUCAGGAAUGUUUGUGAAUAUUCACCAGUCUGGAAUAAAAACUGAGUCAACUGUGCUGAUGACACCAGAUAAGGCUGAAUCAUGUCAGGGAGAUUUAAGUACAUUGGCCAGUGUGGUUACAUCAUUAGCAAAUCUUGGAAAAACUAAAGAUCUUUCUCAGAAUAGUAAUGAAAUGUCUAUGAUUGAAAGCUUAAGUAAUGGUGAUACCUCUUUGUGUGAAUUUCAUCAAGAAAUGCAGACGAAUGGUGAUGUUUCAAGGGCAUUUGACACUCUUGCAAAAGCAUUGAAUCCUGGAGAGAGCACAGCCUGUCAGAGCUCAGUAGAGGGCAUGGAAGGAAGCGUACACCUAAUUGCUGGGGACUCGAGCAUAAAUUACAUCGAAAAAGAGGGGCCUCUUCUCAGCGAUUCACAUGUAGCUUUCAGGCUCACCAUGCCUUCUCCUAUGCCUGAGUACCUGAAUGUGCACUACAUUGGGGAGUCUGCCUCCAGACUGCUGUUCUUAUCAAUGCACUGGGCACUUUCGAUUCCUUCCUUCCAGGCUCUAGGGCAAGAAAAUAGCAUAUCAUUGGUGAAAGCUUAUUGGAAUGAACUUUUUACUCUUGGUCUUGCCCAGUGUUGGCAAGUGAUGAAUGUGGCAACUAUAUUAGCAACAUUUGUCAAUUGUCUUCACAGUAGCCUUCAACAGGAUAAAAUGUCAACAGAAAGAAGAAAAUUAUUGAUGGAGCACAUCUUUAAACUACAGGAGUUCUGUAACAGCAUGGUUAAACUCUGCAUUGAUGGAUAUGAAUAUGCCUACCUGAAGGCAAUAGUACUCUUCAGUCCAGAUCAUCCAGGCCUAGAAAACAUGGAACAAAUCGAGAAAUUUCAGGAAAAGGCAUAUGUGGAAUUCCAAGAUUAUAUAACCAAAACAUAUCCAGAUGACACCUACAGGUUGUCCAGACUGCUACUCAGAUUGCCUGCUUUGAGAUUGAUGAAUGCUACCAUCACUGAAGAAUUGUUUUUCAAAGGUCUCAUUGGCAAUGUACGAAUUGACAGUGUCAUCCCACAUAUUUUAAAAAUGGAGCCUGCAGAUUAUAACUCACAAAUAAUCGGUCACAGCAUCUGAAGGCUGAGAUGUCAGUAUAAACUUACUGUUGUUUCCCAAAACACAAGAAGACACCAAAUUGAACUCAUUGCUUCCAGGGUAUCGGGAAAUUUUGACUUUAAAGAGUAACCAAAAACCCAGGGUGUUUUUAUUUUAACUUCUUAAGAAUUUUUGAAGUGACUGGGCAGGUGGCAGGAAUUAGAAUUUCCCUUCCUGUCUUAAGUGACUAAGAAAUACUAUGAAUUUAUUCUUGGUUAAGAUGACACCCUAAGCUAUCACUUCUUGGCAUCUAAACUAAGAUCACGUAUU